AUGCCAAUUGAUCCUGCUACUUUUAAAUUUGAAACUCCACAAUUUGAUCCAAGAUUUCCAAAUCAAAAUCAAUCAAAACAUUGUGCUCAAUCAUAUAUCGAUUAUCAUAAAUGUGUCAAUGUUAAAGGUGAAGAAUUUGAACCAUGUCAAAUCUUUUUUAAAACAUUUACUUCAUUGUGUCCAUUAGAUUGGGUGGAAAAAUGGGACGAUCAAAGAGCUGCUGGUAAAUUUCCAGUUAAUUUAGAUGCUUAA